AUGGGGCGGAUGCAAUGCUCGAUCUGCCCUGAUCUACAGAAUGAGGCUGCAUGGUCAGACUUGCAUUUCUUUGUCUGCCGAGUCUCCCAAUCAGUCUACACUUCUGAAUGGGGUUACUCCAAGUCUCUCAGAUCAACCCCUCGUCGAAUCUUCAAACCCGGUUCCUUUCAAUGUAUCAUGCGCAUCACUCGUCAUAUGCAAAUGAGAAGAGGAUGCUCCAAGAUCAAACCUCGCAAAUCUAGCCUCAAUGUGAGACAUUGCGUGCUAUCGUCUGUGAUUGGAUUGUUCAUAAUGCAGCGACUUGGCUCACCGCCAUCUCAACAGUGGAAAGGAGGGCAUCCUGUUCGUUCUAUAGCCUCACACAUGGAACGAAGGCAAAUGUGCAAUCACUAA